AUGGCAUUUGAAAAUAACAAUCUUUUAGUUCCUAUUUGGCAACGAACAGCAAAUAAUAUUUUAUCGUCAAUAGAUAAAUAUGAAACAAAUGAAAAUGAAAGAGAGAAUAAUCAUAUUGAAGAAAUUGUUCAAAAAAAGUUCGAUGAUUCAAAUAAUAUGUUUAUUAUUCUUGAUUCAUCAGUGAAUGGAAAAACUCCCUUGUUAAAAAUGAAUGGAACUCCAAAUAAUAAUAAACAAGAACAAUAUUUAAUUAUUCUGGAUAAUAAUCAAACAGUUUUGAAUAAAUCAAAUUUAAUUUUAGAUGAAAAAAGUCAAAAUGAUCUUUUAAAACCAGUUGAUUCAUCUUAUUCUACACAGUCAAUAACAUCAUCUCAACAAAGUUCAUAUAUUUGGAAUAAAUCUAGUUCAAUUAUAGAAAAUAAUACUCAACAAUCACAAUUAACGAAGGAAUAUAAUGGACGAAUGAUUUCACAAUCAACAUUAAAUACAAUUUCUAAUGAAAAUCAAUCAACAAAAAAAGAUACAUGGAAUGAACAUUUUCAUGAUAAUAUUAAUACAAAUCUAUUUUCUUCUAAUGAACCUCAUCAACAUAUUCAUUUAUCAAAUGCAAAUGAAAUCUAUUACGAGAAACAAUAUGAUAAUACAGAUGAAUUUUAUCCAUCAUCAUCAUUAUCAUUCGAUCGUUUUAGUACUUUGACAUACGAACAUAUCAAUGAUACAACUAAUCAUCGAAAAAAUCAACAAGAAGAAAUAUGUAUAUUAUAUUUAGGUCCUAAUCGAUGUCGAGGUUUUGAAGAUAAUUUACCUAUUGAAAAUACAUCAUCAAAAGUCUCAUUAAUAACUCUUAAAUCACACUUAUUAUCAGAAUAA